AUGAGCACUUCGUCAAAUAUCAUGUUUCGCUAUGAACCUCUUGACCCCAAAGCGGACUCACUGCGCGUUCUCACGCUGCUGCCACGUUGCCAAGGACCAGUCACUUGCACACUAGAGAACAGGACCUUCCGGAGCAAACCCGAAUUUGAGGCUCUCUCCUAUACCUGGGGUACAAAGCCUGAAUCAACACACAUAACUAUUAACGGGGAGCCCUUUCCCGUGCGCGAGAACCUCUAUAAUGCGCUACAGAGUCUCCAGACUGACAAGCCCCGUGCGCUGUGGGUGGACGCCGUCUGCAUCAACCAGACGGACAUGGCAGAGCGCAACGCCCAGGUCAGUCUGACGGCCUUCAUUUAUACCCGCGCGCAGAGGGUGGUCGCCUGGCUUGGACCUUGGGCCAAGACGGUGCAGAACGACUAUUUCUCGGACCAGAACUGGCACGUCUUCUCCCAUAACUCGUACUGGAGACGCUUGUGGAUCAUCCAGGAGUUGGUGUUGGCGCCAGAGGUGCGGUUUUACCUGGGACGGUACGAGUUCGGAUGGGACAUGGUGACGAGCACUCAAAACCCCGAAUGGCGAGCUUUGGAGGGCCGGAGCGAGGCCAUACAUCGGUUUCGAGAGAAGCGGUACACGAGCGCGCAGCGUCUGGAGAACCUCAUUGAGGUAUUUAAAAAGGCAGAGUGCACUGAAAAGCGGGAUAAGAUCUAUGGGCUGUUUGGAAUGGUGCUUGAUGGUUCGGAUUCGGCUAUCAAGGUUGACUAUGGAAUUGGAUUCGCCCAGCUCUAUGCCCAGGUGAUUAAAUUCCAUCAAACCUCGGACGCGCCGCGCGACAGCCCUUUCCCAAAUGAAGUCGAUCGAGCUGCCAAGCUCAUAAGGUUCAGCCAGCUUCUUCAAAAUGUCUUCGAGGGUGAAGUGGCCAAGGAAGUGAAUAUCUCUCUCGAUGCAACGUGGUUAGGAUUAUUCUACACGGCACGAGCUUAUAUUGCCGGAGAGAUCCUCAAAAUUGGACCGACUCCCUCAGAGGUGGCAUCAUCUAUUAGAGCGGACAAAUCUUGGAGGCUCUCAUUCUCUCGUGUGUUCAAAGAGCUAGAUGAGCAGCAGAAAGCUCGGAGGGACUACGAAGCCUUUUCUAAGAAGAUGCUUGACUGGAGCGAGAGCUACUUGGCAGGGAUUCAGAAACUUGACUCGCACUCAUCUUAUGGCUUUCAAUUUGUUGAUCCUGGGCCGAAUCCCUCAGAUGAGCAGGACAAUACGAAUGCUAAGAAAAAAGUGGCGGACUCUGAGGCAAGACUUGUGCUUGGAGACGGUGGAAUUGUUGGUGUGGUUCCAGGAGAUGCGCAAGAGGGGGACUACAUUUGCACCUUUCUUGGUUGCAACGUCGCGGUUGUAGUCCGCAAGUUGGAAACAGCAGCGGAUAGAUUCCUCGUGCUGGGGCCAGCGAGAAUCCAACAGGAGGAGAGUCAGUGGCAGGCUGAAGAAGACGACGAUAUUGAGGGAGCACUUGCGUAUGACAUGAAGGGUCUGAAGAUCAAGAAGGGUAGUUCUUCACCCUUCUUGUCCGAUGCUGGCAUCAAUCUAAGGCUUGAUCUACGAAGUCUCCAGAAGUUGACUUCAAAUUCUUGA